AUGAAGUCAUGUUAUCUCCUGGUCGUUCUCGCUGUGCUGUGCUAUGGUAUGUUUUUACUACAUUCAAAUAAAGGAAAAGCACAAAAAUUAUAUAUUUAUUUUGCCUUUUGUCUGUUUUCGUUCAAACGCCAGCUAGUUCAGAGUUUUAUAUAGGAGAUUAAAUUAUAAUCAGGCAAGUGCAUACUAAAGAUCUCUGGGGGUAGAGUUGAACCAACUGUCCCGACAUUUUUAUAAUAUAUAUAGUAUGGGCACCAUUGUUAUAGAAGACAUACAAACAACGGCUGAAGUAAUUGUAGCUUGUGAUUUGUCUUGAUGAAAACGUUCAUAUUUGGUAACAAUAAUGGAACUUAAAGUUUAUGGAAAUCAACAGGAUUUUGUAUCAGAUAUACAAGCCCUUCACUGUCAUGAUUUCUUGUCUAUUUUUUCAUAGCUUUUAAUUGAGAAUUACAUUGUGGAUUUGGGGUUUUUUAAGUAGAUUUUUUAUAACUAUUAAAUCGGAUAGGGUUAACCUCGUAGUUGUUCUGCAAGGAUCAUGCUUUGAUUGAUUGAAUGGAACAGCCUUUCACUAAGCCAAAGUAAACCUACACAAACUAUUUUCUUUGCAAGGUGACGCAAGACCACAACGUGAUCUCGUUUCAAACAGCCAACAUAAGAUAGUUCGAAAGCAACAUGUGCCGUUGCACGUGAGGAAACAAUACAUUGACACAUAUGGCGGCAAUUCAGUCAUGAGCGGUAACCCGGUCAAUCAAGGGUUUGGCGAAACAGAGUCACCACAAAGUUAUAUUGAAGACCCAGAGAAUGGACAGCAGGCUAAUAUUGCAAACACACUACAAGGUGCUGGUAUAUCGUUGAACAGCGGUUUAGCACAAAAUGACAUGGGUGAAAGUCAAGUGGGGUCCAUGAGCAAUGAUCUUGUGGACUCGACCGAGGGCACAGAGGGUCGACAAAUGAUUGGAAAUGGUAAGCGUAUUUUGUGAAAUGUUACGCGAUUUAAGCUUGUUUUAAAGUCCAAAGGUUUAUAUAUUGACUAUUGUGCAACUUAUAUUACUUCAUCUUAUUCUAUUGGUAUUACAUGCGUUCUUAUAGAUGAUAGAUAUAUCUGUACACGAAAUUUAUCAACCUUAUAUUUUGUCUUUCUUUGUAGGUUUCAUGCAAGGAGGUGGUGGUGGACUGGAUAUCUCGCCUGGCGGUGCAAGUAACCUGGGUGGCAGUCUAGAUGGUAGUCUAGGUGGCAGUUUGGGCGCUGGAUUGGGGGGAGGUAGCAUAGGGGGAGGUGGUCUUGGGGCAGGUUUAGGCGGUGGAACAAGUUUAGGUUUGGGAGGAGGUACUAUAGAAAUGGGAGGAGGAAGUCAAGGAAUGGGGGGAGGCGGUCAAGGAAUCGGAGGAGGGGGUCAAGGAAUGGAGGCUUUGAAUGAUGAAGUCGGGACUGGUGGUGAUAUUGGAAAUGGAGCUGGUCUAGGUGGCAGUAUUGGGGGUGCAGGUUUGGGAGGAGGUAGUGUUCAAACUAUUGGGGCUGGAAGUUUGGGCGAUGGUGGUGGGAGUUUGGGCGAUGGUGGUGGGAGUUUGGGUGACAGUGGGAUAGGUGGAGGUAGUUUUGGUGAUGGUGCUAAUUUAGGUGGGGGUAACUUAGGUAAUGGUGUGAUUGAGGGUGGUAGUUUAGGCGGAAACAUUGGAGCUACUGGUUUGAAUGGUCUUGGUAAUCUUGGGGGAGGUUUCGGGGAUAAUUUUGGUGAUGUAGGAGGUUUGAGUGGCGGAGACAAUCAGAUAAGUGACAGCCUAGCAGGACUAGGCGGGACUAGUGGUGGUAAUAUUGGAGAUGGGGUAGGACUGGAAGCUCUAGGUUCAAGGAUAGCGGCUGGCAGUAAGGCACAAAACCUUGGUCCACUUGGAGGUGCACAUCAUAUGCCGGGUUUCGCUGGUGUGGGUGGUAACGAAGGACUUCUCACUGGAAUGCAGUCAGACCACCAGGUAAGGAUAGCAGUAAACUAAAUCUGUUAUGAGCUAUACGUUUGGAUAUACUUCUUCCUCUAUAGGUAAAGCCAGUUUAAAUCUUGUUUAUUCUGUAGAAAUUUCUUUCAUCAAGGUGUUUGAACGACAUUUUCCGGUUUUAAAAUUGUUUCUUCUCUUUGUAAGACUCCGCUAGACAUGCAGUUAUCAGGCGCAGCAGAUGAAAACCCGUCAAUGAUUCACACGGGCUUAACAUCAAUCUUGCCGGGUAAAACAGUCCAUGCACACGUUAGCGACAAACCUACAAGCAACAGACCUGCCAUCAGUGCUCCUUCUAUGAACGCUGCUUUACAAGUACAAGAGCAGGCCAAGAAACAACAUCAAAAACGUUUAGGGGCGCUUAAAUUGAAAUUGAAGAAACUAAGAGGAAGGCUGGAGGCAUUACAGAGAGAUGGAGAUAAACAGGAUAAGAUAGCAAGCAGUACACAGCAGAAUGUAAAUAAAGAAGAAAUAAAUACGUUGAAUGAGUUAAGAGUGGCUACACAAGAUGCCAUUCAGGAGUUACACACAGAUUACCCACACGCGAAGAAGAAACAAGAAACGGGUAAGUGAGCGAUGUCUACGAACAUCCCAACAGUGCGUUACUACAGUAAGAAGGAGGGCUAGUUUAGUUUAAAAUUUUCCACUGUUAGAACAUUGGACCAACACGGUAUUGCUCUUUCUGGGUCUCUUGGGAGAAGAGUUUAGAACUGAUCGAGCUAUCCAGCUUAGUUUAGUGCAGCUUAGUUUAGUUUUACCAUCAGAACUGAACAAGAGAGAAAUGAAUUUCAUUCCAUUUGCAUACAGCUCAACCUAAACACGAAUCACUUGGCAGUAAAUUAAAGACUGUCGACUUCACAGCGAAAGAGACAGGAGAUACACUGGAAGAACUACUGAAACUAUUAGAUCCUGAACUGCAGGAUAAGAAACGAGGAAAAGUAAACAAAAUGAAUAAUACACGGUUGGAUGAUGAGGCAGAAAACAAACUUGCUUUAUUGACGAAGAAAGCAGAAGACGAAGUGGAUGAGUUAGCUUCACAGAAUCCAAAACCCAAAACAGGUUGUUGACUUCUUCAUUCUCAUUUUGUAUAGCUUAAUUGAGACUGUGAAAAUGUUGGGCGGCUUUCCAAAACAAUCCUUAAAUGAUAUGAGAAGGAUUAGGGAGAGCCAUGCUGUUAGGGUUAUGGGUUACAGCUCCGGUUAAGAUUAGGGUAAGGGACAUUGAAGAGGCCUAGCGAUAUUUUUAUAUAAGAAGAAUUUGCUAACGAUGCGCAGGCAAAAUUCUUUACUAACAGGCCUGGUUCUUUUCGUUACAGUUCCCCAAGCAAAUGCAGCCAGCAGCGAGAACACAGCAAAAGUUGCAAAGCAAACACUUUCCAUAUCUUGGAAAGGUAAUCAUUAUUAUUGAAUAGAUUAUAUAAAUCUUCUUGAAUUUUAGAUUUACUUUACUAAAACAUUUUUCUAGGUCUUCCAGUCAAAGACUCAAACAAAGACAAACUAAAGAAAGAACUCUCAAAACUGGGUAUGUGUUGGUGAAAACACCAGCGCAGUGCAAUAUUUUCUAGAUUCACAAAUAAUUGUAACGUUUAUUUUCACACGCAGGUAAAACAAAGUCGACCACGAAACCCAAGAAUCUAUUGAGUGAGUCCUCAUCAAAAAUAAUCAUUGCAGUUUUAGUUUCAAGCAAAGAACUCAAGUGUUAUCUAUUGAGCUCAUCACAUUCUUUUUAUCUUUUCUAACCAGAAUACAAAAGUCUUGGGUGUUGGCGAGAUGACCCAGAUAGGGUCGUACCAAGUUUAGAAAACACGUCAACAUUACUAAAAGAUGGCUACCGUGUUAGAAAAGAUUCCGUCAAGAAAUGUGCACAAGUGGCAAAGGAUCAUGGGUUUAAGGGAUUCGCGGUGGAGAAUGGUGGACAAUGUUUUGGUGGACAUGAUUUAUUAGAGAGAUAUAAGAAAUACGGUAGAUCACGAGACUGUGCGAAUGAUGGUAGAGGUGGCGAUUAUGCAUUGAAUAUAUAUACAUUUCAAUAG